AUGUUUGGUCUGAUUGGGAUUCUGGUGGAAUGUGGUGGCGUAGGACACCUCUGCAAGAGCAAUGGGCACAUUCAGGUGCUUCAGCCACUGAGUUUGGAGGAGUAUACGAGAAUCAAAAUUGAGAAGGAGAAAGAGAGGUACGAGAAAAUAGGCGGAAAGAAGAAAGAGGAGGAAGUAGAAGAGAGCAGUAGCAGCCAGGACGAGAUUGACGAGAUUAUCAAGAAGUCUGAGAUGGAUUUGGAGAAGAUGAGGGAGACUGGAGACUACUUGGAUGAACUGGUAGGAAAUGGGGAAUAA